AUACUUGAACUGCAUGAACAGCCGCGGCGGCGGCGGGCUGCUGGCUGCAUCUGCGGGCGUACUCGGUGCUGCACGCCCGCCAGGCCUUGCCUCCGCCUCUCGCAACCUCCUCGAUCCGAGCGGUCCGGAGGCCGAGGAGAGGGCCGGACGCCUGGCAGGACUGGCCCUGGCUGCGGCGGCGGCUCCGGUUGCAGCGCUCCUCGGCGGGAUCGGCGCCUUAGUCGGCUGGGCGGAGUGCACGCUGCUUGGCUCGGCAGCUGAUCGCGCCGCCCGCCGCAGGGAGCAGCGAUGUUGGGCAACUCGGCACCGAAGCCCGCGGCCCGCGAGGCGGGCUCGGCCCUGCUAACGCUGCAGCAGAAGGCGCUCCACGAGGACCAGGAGAACAUCAACCCGGACACCGCGCUGCCCGCCCAGCAGCCACGGACCCAGGCCGCCCUGGCGGUACUGAAGGCCGGGAACUCGCGGGCUCCAGCCGUACAGCUAAGGCCCAGGACGCGACGGGUUGCACCUCUAAAGGAUGUUUGUGUAAAUGAUGAGCAUGCCGCAGUUCCUCCUUGGAAAGUCAAUGGUAAACAGCCGGCCUUCACCAUUCAUGUGGAUGAACCCGAUCAGGAGCCUCCCAAGAAGCCCAAUGAUUCCAAAAAAUCCUCCCCCAAGUCUGAGGAUGCCUUGGCUUUUAGUUCAGCAAUUGCUUUACCCGGACAAAGAAAACCACUGGUACCUCUCGAUUAUCCAAUGGAUGGUAGUUUCAAUGAGUCACCAAAUAUGAUGGACAUGUCAAUUGUAUUAGAAGAUGAAAAGCCAGUGAGUGUUAAUGAAGUUCCAGACUACCAUGAGGAUAUUCACACUUAUCUUAGGGAAAUGGAGCUUAAAUGUAAACCUAAAGUGGGCUACAUGAAGAAGCAACCUGACAUCACCAACAGUAUGAGAGCUAUCCUCGUGGACUGGUUAGUUGAAGUAGGAGAGGAAUAUAAACUACAGAAUGAGACCCUGCAUUUGGCAGUGAACUACAUCGACAGAUUCCUUUCUUCAAUGUCUGUGUUGAGAGGAAAGCUUCAGCUUGUGGGCACGGCUGCCAUGCUGCUAGCCUCGAAAUUUGAAGAAAUAUACCCUCCAGAAGUAGCAGAGUUCGUGUACAUUACAGAUGAUACCUAUACCAAGAAGCAAGUUCUGAGAAUGGAGCAUCUAGUUUUGAAAGUCCUUGCUUUUGACUUAGCUGCCCCAACAGUAAAUCAGUUUCUCACCCAAUAUUUCCUGCAUCAGCAACCUGCAAACUGCAAAGUUGAAAGUUUAGCAAUGUUUCUGGGAGAAUUAAGUUUGAUAGAUGCUGACCCAUACUUAAAGUAUCUGCCAUCAGUUAUUGCUGGAGCAGCCUUUCACUUAGCACUCUACACAGUCACGGGACAAAGCUGGCCUGAAUCACUAGUACGCAAGACUGGAUACACGCUGGACAUCCUGAAACCUUGCCUCAUGGACCUUCACCAGACCUACCUCAAAGCACCACAGCAUGCACAACAAUCAAUAAGAGAAAAGUACAAAAACUCAAAGUAUCAUGGCGUUUCCCUCCUCAACCCACCAGAGACACUAAAUCUGUAAAA